CGGGUACUUUUCAUAGCUCAGCUAAACGACAUGGCGCCCACGGUGCCAUCCGAUGGCGUGGCUCAUGACCGAACGUUUCGAGAGUCGAUGACUCUGCUUUUGGCCUCCGGGAUCGGAUCUGGUGUGCUGGUGCUUCCUAGAUCGAUGGCUGCAGUUGGCUGCGUACCUGCUGCUGUGUACUUUUUCGUUGGAGCUGCAAUAUCUGGUUUGACCACCUGGUUCCUGUCCAUGGCUAUGCUUGAGGAGACCAGGAUCAAUUUGAGCAGCUUUCCCCUUUCCCCCAAGUGGACCGACUUGGGCGGAGAUGAGACAUAGGCUCCAAUCCAUUGCGUCGAAGACGUCGUUUUUGCGAGUCUUUGGGCAUCACAGUGAGUCUUGCAGGUUCGGCGUCGUUGGAUUGAAGAAGAGCUCUAUCGGGGUGCACAACAUCCGUACCACCAGCUCAGUGAGGGUGUGGCGAGACAUGCUUCUCCCACUACCUGGCAAGACAUGGAACCCACGUCCCCCAUGUCCCCCUCACCGAACCUCAAACGGAGCACCUCAUUUCGAGAGUUUGUGACGCGAGUGGGGCCUUCUUAUGGAGAUUUGGUGGAGAAAGCCACCAAUGACGUGUUUCCCUUCGCUUCAACGAUUUUGGAUUGUGUGCUUUUUUUCCACAAUACGCUGGCAUUGACGGUGUACUUUCUGUUUGUGUCUGAAUCCUUGGAACGAAUCUCGUUUUGGCCUGCCAAUUCCAAGCACCUUGGUGAGCCCUAUGCCCAUGUGGUCACCAUUCUGUGGACGGCCCUCGUGGGUUGCUGGCUGAGCACCUGGCCUACCAUUGGCAGGCUCGCAAGAUUGGCAAACUCAAGCCCAGCAGUCCUAUGGUUGAUGAUGUUUAGCAUCUGGAUGGAGUGCCCCUUCGGUCCUUUUCCUAUCCACAGAGAAGACAUAAGACCUCACGUCGAACUCAGAGAACCUCUGGCUGCUGCAUUCGCGGACGAUUGGGUUCGCCGUUCCCCGGCAGUGCUAUGUAUAGUCGUCUUUGCCUCAUUUUGGCAUACCAACUGCGUCGCCGUAGCUCGUGAAUUUCACGAUGCGACACCGACACGACUACUUGCCUUGUCCUUUACAUCAUCCAGCUUGCUGGGACUUCUAUACUACUUGAUUGCGUGGGGAGGCUACAUUACCUGGGGGGAGAGACUUCUUCAUGCUCCAAACAUUGUGAGUCUGUACUCCCCGGAGAACCCAGCCUUCAUCUGCGUGCGUGCAGGGCUUGCAUUCUCUUUGUCGAUUGCCAUCCCGCUCAAUGUUUUUCCCAUUCGGGAGUCUGUGCAGAACAUGCGGCCAUUUGACAAGAUGCCAAAGGCAUUACGACGGAUUCUUCUUGGAACGGAUCCCCGCACGCGAGCCAAUCGAGAACAUGAAAUUUUGGGAGUGAUCUUAGUUCUUAUUCCGAUGACGCUCUCGCUUUGCUUCAGCAACGUAGUGCAGCUGAUCACAUUCCUUGGAGGCUCACUAGUCAGCCUGCUGAUGAUUGUUUUUCCAUGUAUAGUCUUCCGACUGGUAGCACCACCCGAUUGUCGGAUUUGGUUUUGGUUUGUGUUAUUGGCAGGAGGAGCUGUGGCCAUGUUUCUGGUCCUGGCCUCUUGGGGUUGGAUUGGAGACAGUGCCUAAAGGAGCACCUGGGCCGCCUGGACCGCCGGCACCUGGCCCGUUCGGAGUUUUGGAGCCAGACAAGCCAGGCGAAGUCGACUUGGUUAUACUGGUUCACCUGACCGAAGCGUUUGAAAAA